UACUAUUACUAUUAUAAAGAUUUUUGCUUAUCAGCUAAUAAAUCCCACUAAAACUUGAAACCUAGCGUUUUUGUUGUUUGUUCCUCUUUCAAAUCUUUCGCGAAAACGUUUUCUUUUGUGUUUGUUCUAUUAUCUCGAACAUUCCAACUACGCUACCACCGCCCAGUGGGUUAUGUUUCUGGACUUGAAUGAGCAUGCUUAUUAGAGCAUAGGGUAUGAUUCGAAAAGCACCUCCAGUUGAUCCAUAAGUUGCUCUCGCAUGCAGCACAUUUGUAGCAGAAUGCAGAAUAAUUCUGUAAGAAAUUAUCUCAUAGGCCAGCCAGGCUUGUUUUCUGUUGAGAACAAGACUUCAAAUACAGAGAUGCAUUUGAAGAGAGAUAGAUAUGGAUCACAUGUAUAUGGCUUGCCGACUAUUGCAUAUAAUGAAGCUCAAGGGAAUAAUGGGAUACAAUCCUACAUUCCAGAUGAACCAACCGACGCCAAAGUCGAUCAGCAGAACCAAACCAACGGAGAAAUGGAUGAGGCUCGUGAGGAAGACAUGGAAAUUGGUUAUGAAGAAAGCCCGCCAACACCAACUUACGAGGGUCUUGAGCGGAGGUUUGUUGACGAAAUCAUAAAAUUAGUUAGGGAGCGAAGUGAUAAAGAGGAUGCAGAAUUGGCUAGGCAUAAUGAGACAAUGAUUGAGAUAAACACAGAGUUCCAGGAGAAGUUAUCUUCCCUCAGAGCCCUUCAAGAAACUCGGAGAGAAGAGUUUCUUCAUAAGGAAUCAGAGGCAAGAUUGAAUAAGUAUCAGCAUGGUAAAAGGAACCACUACCCCUCUAUGAAAGAUUCUCAGGGCUAUUUAUGUCCUUCAACAACAUUCACUGCUGGAGAAGCAACUAGUAGUGGUAGGUUUCAUGUUGGAGAGUCAACAAAAUGUUUAACAUCAACUUCAAAUGGGGUAAAAAGAAGUCAAAGAAAUGAGACAAGGGUUCCAUUACCCCCUGGUCGUGUUUAUAAUAACAGUUCUGUACAUAACUAGAUUAAAAAUCAUAUAAUGAUUGAUUGGAUGCCACUGCUAACUUAAUGCCUAAUCCCUGCCCCAACUUCAUUCACAUGGUUUGAGUAACAAAAGAUGGUGCCGCUUUUUUUUUAAUAAGCAAAAGUUUGUCCGCAAAUACAUAUCUGGACAGUAUGAAAAUUAUGUUUUUUCA